CACAGUAACAAAAACGCAAUUUGUUGUUUUUCGUUCGGAAGAAAUUGAUGUUAACCUAUUGGGCAUGUCCUCAACGAUUUUUGCACGGGUAAUGCUGUAGGCAUCAUCAAAUCAAUUGAUUUGAAUUAGGAGCGUCUGCCAGGUGUUACACAAAGCUACAGCAACGCACACCGAUACAACGUUUUUUAUGAACGCAAACAUCAACGGAGGAGCUGGUGGUGGCGGUGCCGCUGGUGGUGGCGGUGGUGCCGCUGGUGGUAGUGGUGGUGGUGCCGCUGGUGGUGGUGUUGGUGCAGCUGCAGCUGGUGCUGGCGCUGGCGCUAGUCCUGCGGCCGCUGGCGGCGGUGCAUCAGGUGAGCCUGGCGCUGCAGGCAAUGCGAGCGCUUCAGCAGCCACAAAUGGCACCGAGGGUAGCACAAAUCUGAACGAAGAUCAGGAUGCCAAGCGGCGCAAGUGUUUGGAAACAGACGAAACACAGGAUGGCGCUAGCACCAUGAUUGAUGCGAACAGCGUGCUGAACAAGAUUGCCCAUCUGUAUGCAGAGCAGCUGAUGUCGGACAUUGUGCUGCUGGUGGAUGGCAAGGAGUAUCCGGCACACCGUGUCAUACUCUGCGCCAGCAGCGAUGUCUUUCAAGUGAUGCUCAUGAAUCCGGAGUGGAACGAGUGCAGCAAGCAUGUGAUUGAGCUGCACGAGGAGGCCUGCUGCUCGUUGGUAUUUCCACAGUUUAUCAAGUACUUGUAUGUGGGCCAUAUCGAGGUGACGCUCCAGACGGUAAUGCCCAUGCUGGCGCUAUCCGACAAGUACAAUGUGCGGGAUCUCAUCGAGCUGUGCGUGGGCUAUAUGACGAAGCAUGUGGCCAAGUCGGCGACCAGUGGCUAUUUGGUCUCCUGGCUGCAAUACACACUAUCGUUUUCGCCCACGCAUAAUGAUCUCACCGAGACGCUGAAGCGUUUCCUCAAAUGGAAUCUGGAGAUGGUGGCCGAGUCCAAGGACUUUGUGGACAUGGAUCCGGCUAUAUUGCAGCUGCUGUUGCAGCAGAACGACAUUGUUGUCACCAGCGAGUACAAAUUGUUUACCAUACUGCAGACAUGGCUGCUCCACCGGCGCGAGCUAAUCGAGUCCACCGCCGACAUUAGCGUCGACAAAAAGGCGUCCAGCUUCGUUGAGCUGAUCGAGCAGACAGUCAUGCACAUACGCUUUGGCAUGAUGACGCCGCGUGAGCUGGCGCAUCUACUAGUCGUCCCAUUGAUCGAGUACCAUAAGGAGUUUCUUGUGGAGCGCAUUGCCAUCGGCAUGAGCUAUCAGUCGGGCCAGGAGGAUCGCGUACGCGAAGUCCGGAGCACAGAGUGCGGCGAACUGCAGUUCACACCGCGGCUCUACUGGAACGACACUUGGAGCGUCGGCAUCGAUGUGCACAAUUUUGACAACAUCGAGGACUACAAGAACUAUGUCACCUGCUUCUUUUCGCAACGCCACAUCGCCGAGACUGAAGACGAUCCCUGCAUGACUUGGGAGAUUGAGUUCUUUCCGCGCGGCGUUAAGUACAAUAGGGCCAAAAUGGUCUGUGGCGAGGAUGUGCCCGGCUGUUCAUUGAACACGGUGCGACUCCGCGUCACAUGCAAGCACCAGAACAUUGGCGAGGAACGAUUUAAGAUUGCCGUGCUCAUCGUUGGCGUGCAGAACAAGAUAUCGCAUAUACGCACCGUUGUGGAGCGUACCGAAUACUUUUCGGAGAUAGCACGUGUCAUCAAUUUGGAUAAUCUGCUACCGUACGAGGAGCUGGAGCAGACAUCACCCUAUUUGAGCCCCCAUCUGACGGGCAAUCAGCGCAAUACGCUCUCCCUGCACGUUGUAAUUACCCCCAUGGGUCCGUACACCUGUCGCGACACGCCUCCAUUUCAAUUUUGAAUUGAUCAAACCUAAGCACAUGCCCAUCUUCCUAAACACACACACAAUGCACACACAUACUUCAAUAUAUAUAUAUAUAUAUAUAGAUAAAUUGAGUUGUGUGCGUGUUUAUUGUGUGUGUCUCGGAAUAUGUGUUUGGAUUUAUGUUAGAUCUGUAUCGACAGAUGUGCGCAUAUAUAUAUAUAUAUACUUAUAUAUAUAUAAAUAAAUAUAUAUAUUAUCUAUAUACAUAUUUAUAUAUAUAGAGAACGCGAAGACAUUAGUUUCUAGAGCCCGCUCAGCCCCUAUAUUAUCCUAGUCGUUUGGAGCGUUGGCUCUUUGACAUGCUCCAACGUGCUCGAAUUGUGUGCAUAAACCUAGCUUUUUCUUCCAUACAACUAUGAAAAUCCAUUGUGUUAACGAAAACAUCUGAAACGCAGAUCCGCAAGGUUAGCGCAUCAGUUUUUCUGCUGUACAAGUCCCAGCUUAAGCAUUAUAUAUUUUUUAAGUACCGCUCUAUGGCUUUGUAUUUCUGCAAUAUAUUCUGAUUUUAUUAU